AUGGCCAUUUGUGCGUGGUUUUUUUUUCAGCCAGAUACUUUCGGACCAGAUUCUUCUUUGAUAAAUCAUAAGAAAUCUCUCCACAACUUUUCUCAAAGACUCUUCAUUCGAAUAUUAGUGACUGAGAAGAUUACACAACUACUACGGAUGAGUCUACCGCCAGAAACACCGCAGGAACAGCCUUCCAGCACUCUGCAAACGCGACGCAAGAGGGGACUUUCACUCCGAUCCCAGCUCUUUUCUAAAGCGAUCUCUGGCCAGAACCAGCCACUGCAACUGCUGGAACAUUCCAGAAACCCUUUCAGAGUAAAAUUCGAUAUAACUGAACCUUCAGAUUCUAAUGAAAAUGCUGAUGGCCAAGCGAAUCUGGCAAAUGGCAGCUAUCUUCGUACAGAUAACCCAUCUCUUGGAACAAAUGACAACACCAGUUAUCAGAUAGAAUUGAACACACUACAUCCGGAUACAGCCUCAAUUCCUCAGAUAAACAUCAAUGCACCUUCCCCUGAUUCUCGUUCUGAAGAUGCAAAUUUGCACGUUCCCUACGGGCAUUUGAACGACUCAACUCUCAUAAGAUCUACCACUCAUCUAACAGUCGAUUCCAACAGAUCUGAUGCCAGCUCGCUGUCCUUCUUAGCCAAACGUAAAAGAACCUCUCAACGUCGCUAUGGUACGAAAAACAGAUUGGUCAAAAACUUGAUAAGGCUCAAGGACAACAUCUUGGGCAACAAGACACUUCCAAGUACUGAGAGGGGCCGAGUGAUUCCAAUCACCACAAACUUCAACGAGAUCAAUUCCUACUUUCAGGAUCAGUACUACAACGAACAUACCAAGUGUCUCAUCGACGAACGUAGUGACGAGCCGUAUGAGAAGAACAUAGUGACUUCUUCUAAGUAUACUGUCUAUUCGUUUUUACCUAAACAGUUGAGAGCCCAGUUCUCCAAAAUCGCCAAUUGCUAUUUCAUGGUCGUAGCAAUCAUGCAAAUGAUCCCCACAUGGUCUACAACAGGUCAGUACACUACUAUCAUCCCGUUGAUGAUCUUCAUGUCAAUUUCGAUAGCUAGAGAAGGAUUUGACGACUGGAAAAGACAUGGCCACGACAAAGAAGAAAACAACAAAAAGACAAAAGUCAUCAAAGAAGACGAAAACUUGAGCAACUUCGAUACCCACUCAAUUACAACCAUAUUGACAGAAACAAUUUCAGUCAGUAAUAACAACAUCCUUUCUCCUCAUGGAUCACGAGCAGCGAGCCCAUCUAAUAACGUCUCUUCCAAUUCAUCAUUAUCAGAUCCAGAGCCACAAAAUGAGACAAACACAAACUACACGAAUUUGGAGCUUAUGAAACAGUACAAUCUCAAGGAGUACGCCACGAAGUGGAAACACAUAAAAGUAGGAGACAUCAUAAAAGUCUCUGAAAAUGAAGCCUUCCCAGCAGAUGUCAUGUUAUUAGCUACGAGUGACACAGAUAACCAAGAAGCAUUUAUAGAAACCAUGGAUUUAGAUGGAGAAACGAACUUAAAGCUGAAGUGUCCACAUGCUGAGAUCUGUAAGAAGUUCUCUAAUGUGACUGGGUUGAAAAACACAAAGAUGUUGAUAACCGUAGAAGACCCCAACAUCGAUUUGUACAACUUUGAAGGUUCGUUUGAGGUAAACGACAAAGUGUUUGCUUUGGGGCCAGAUAAUGUCGUUUAUAGAGGUAGCGUUCUUCGAAACACAAAGUCGGUUUUAGGAUUGGUCAUUUUCACAGGUGAAGAGACAAAAAUCAGAAUGAACAAUAUUAAGAAUCCCAGAACUAAGGCUCCAAAAUUGCAGAGAAACAUCAACUACAUUGUGAUAUUUAUGGUGUUUGUAGUGAUUUCGUUGUCGGCGUUUUCCACCAUGGUGCAACGUCUUCUAUACGAGAGAAAUAGAGACAAGGCAUGGUAUCUCUUUGAUCUGGAUGCUGGUGUUGCAUCUACUCUUAUGGGUUUCAUCAUCAUGUAUAAUACAUUGAUUCCAUUAUCGCUUUAUGUCACUAUGGAAAUCAUCAAGGUGAUGCAAUUGCUAUUUCUACAGUAUGAUAUAGACAUGUACCACGUAGAGAGCAACACACCCGCAGAUGCGAAGACAGCAACCAUCUUGGAAGAACUUGGUCAAGUCAGCUACAUAUUCAGUGACAAGACAGGAACUUUGACUGAUAACCAGAUGAUUUUCAGGAAGUUCAGUGUCUGUGGAGCAAGCUGGUUACAUGACUUGGACUUGAUGUUGAACGAAAAGGAAGACCCUAACAAAGUCGCUCCUUUAGUACCAAUGCCACGAACCAGCAUGCAUCACCUGCCACGCCAGUCUGGUCGCAAGGUAGGCCCAGAUUAUCAGCCAAGAACAAGUACUACUUCUAUUGCUAGAGAAAGUUUGGAAUUAUCCUUGGUCAGAUCGAAUGUUACCUGGAAGUCUUCUGCUCAACCAAACAAGACGCAGGACAUGUCCAGUUCUUUGAAAUUGAUAAAAUACAUACAAUCGCAUCCACAUACUAUCUUCUCCAGAAAGGCUAAGAUGUUUCUUUUGAGUAUUGCCUUGUGCAAUACUUGUCUUCCUAGAAAAGACAAUACUUCGAAAAACUCGUCAGUGCUUACUCUUGAUGACAUUGACGGGGUACAGCAGCAGGAGUUAAGAGCAAAGCGAAAUGUGGAAGACUCUUCUAUCUCUUAUCAAGCUGCUUCUCCAGACGAAUUGGCACUUGUUCAAGCAUCCAAGGAUCUAGGAUUUGUGGUUCUAGAUAGGCAGAACAAUGUGUUGACAAUUAAGACUUAUCCAGAGGGAUUUCAGAAAGAACCCAAAUUCGAGGAGUAUCAAGUUCUCGAAGUUAUAGAGUUCUCAUCUAGUAGAAAAAGAAUGUCUACUGUAGUUAGGUUUCCAGACGGAAGAAUUUGUCUUAUUUGUAAAGGUGCCGACAAUGUCAUUUUGGAGAAGUUGAAGUAUGCCGAUAUGGCAAAAGAGAAAGCAAAAGAAAUCUCACUCAACACGACAGAAAGAAAAACACAACAGGCUGAUAUAGUUUUGCUGAACAGAUUUUCCUCAGAACUAGAAUCGAGAAAAUCAAUUGGCUCCAUUGGUCAACGUUUGAGUUUGAGUGGCGGCGAUAGAAUUACUUCCACUAUUGACAACACGCUUCUGAAUGCUGAAGAUGAGAUGGCUGAUAUUGCCUUAAAGGCAAGAAAGUCAUUGCAUGUCCAUCAAGCAAAGAAGUAUAGCAUGGAUCAGGCCUCGUUUACUAAUGUAGAUCCACCGUCUCCAGUACUUAACCUGUCCGGGACUCUGGGAAGCAAUAGCCAGAUCCCCAACGACAGGCUACUUCUCAAUGAUGAAUACCUUGUCGAAAAGACAUUGGAGCAUAUUGAAGAAUUUUCCACUGAAGGGCUCAGAACAUUGAUGUACUCGUACAGGUGGUUGGAUAAAAAUGAGUAUGAGGCAUGGUCCCAAGAGUAUAGCCUUGCUAGGACUGCUUUAAAGGAUAGAGCCAGAAAGGUAGAGGAAGUAGGAGCUAAAAUCGAACACAAGUUUGAGCUUCUUGGUGCAACUGCUAUUGAAGAUAAAUUGCAAGAAGGAGUCAGUGAUACUAUAGACAAGUUAAGAAGGGCAGGAAUCAAGAUGUGGAUGUUGACAGGAGACAAACGUGAAACUGCUAUUAAUAUUGGUUACUCGUGUAGACUCAUUAAGGACUACUCCACUGUUGUUAUUCUUUCGCAUGAUGAAGGAAUCGAUACGAUUAUGGAUCGUAUCACUUCUGCCAGUCAGGAGAUACAAGCAGGAAGAGUAGCCCAUUGUGUUUUGGUAAUUGAUGGUGGAACUUUAGCUGAAAUUGAAAAUGAUUCCGCUUUGCUCACUUUGUUCCUUGAUCUAUGCAUCCAGGUAGAUUCUACAAUCUGCUGUCGUGCUUCGCCUUCACAAAAGGCUAAUAUGGUUAGUGCUGUGCGAAAAUUGAACAACAGGGCUGUGACUUUGGCAAUUGGAGAUGGUGCAAACGAUAUUGCCAUGAUCCAGAGUGCUGACAUCGGUAUUGGUAUCACUGGUAAGGAAGGGCUACAAGCUGCUCGUUCUGCCGAUUACGCCAUUGCCCAGUUCCGGUUCUUGCUUAAGUUGUUAUUAGUCAAUGGUCGUUACAACUACAUACGAACAUCCAAGUUUGUCUUGUGCACUUUCUACAAAGAAUUAUUGUUUUAUUUGACGCAGUGUGUCUAUCAGAGAAACACUUUAUUCUCAGGCUCUUCGAUGUAUGAAAGUUGGUCGUUGUCGAUGUUCAAUACGUUGUUCACUUCUCUCCCCGUCAUCUGUAUUGGUAUGUUCGACAAAGACUUGAGGCCCUCAACGUUGAUAGCAGUACCUGAAUUGUAUGCAAAGGGAAGAUUGUAUCAAGCUUUCAAUUUGAAGAUCUUUGUGUCAUGGAUGUUCUUGGCUGCCAUUCAAAGUGUCGGUAUAUCUUUCAUGGCUUACUAUGUAUGGGGAUUUACCGCUUUACGUGACAAUACAACUUUCCCAUUGGGUUCUUUGGUGUUUGCUGCUCUUGUUGUAAUCAUCAAUGCGAAGUGUGAGUUCAUUGAAAUGCAGAAUAGACAAUGGCUAGCCUUCGCUGCAUUCUUUAUUUCUGUUGGUGGAUACGCCUUGUGGAACUGGCUAAUUAUGAUGUUGUACAGAACAAAGGAUUCGCCAAUUUACUUUGUAGCCUACGGUUUACUAACAUGGGGCCGUGAUCAGAGUUGGUGGGCUACUCUUCUUGCACUCAUCACAGUUCCUCUAUUUGCUGAUAUACUUUUCAAAGUGUUUAAAUUCAUGUUUAAGCCAGCAGAUGAUGAACUUUUCAGGUUGUUUGAAAAAGAUAUCGACAUGAGAAGGUUCUUUGAACAACACUCAUAUAAAGAAUUGUAUCAGGGAUGGACCUUUUCUAAACAACCGUCCACACUUUUUGCAAAGUUAAAAAACGUUGCUAAAGGAGUAUUGGGAAAGCCAGCUAUCCAACAAGAACUUGAGGCAUUCGACAAUGGUUCAGAACACCAGUCGGCUUACAAUAGAAAGAGGGCAGGAACAAAUCCAUUACCUUCUGAACUACCACCUGGCGGUGAAGGAAUUGCUAUUGUCGGUAAUGACUUCGAACAACCUGGACGUGUUGAGGAUGGGUAUGAGAUCCUCCCUAGCGGAAAGAGAGUCAAGAUUGUAGCAAAGGGGGUCAGUUGGGGAAGUCGUUUCAGACGCAAUGGUUCUUCUGCAGAGAACGAGGAUGUGGAUGCUAUUAUAGAUUCAAGAUUGAACGAUCUUAGAAAAGAAGAGGAAGGUCAAGUUGGAGAUCGAUCACCAAAAUAAGUUUACUAAAAAGUUACUCGUCAUUUUCAAUUCUUCAAAAGUCCGUAUUUACUACUAUUUC